UGGGACCACAUAGAGAAGUUUUUCAUGCCUCAUAGCAAAAGUGCUCGGACGGUUCAGGAAUUGCGUAAGCUGAGGGAUGUGUUUCUGGACGGCAAGAAGGCGGAUCUGAAAAAGUCCAUUGAGGUUCCUAGUGGGACAGUAGCGGUCGAUGAAAUGCUCGUAGAAUACAUCAGUAGGACAUUGGGAUUGGAGGGAAUUCCAGUAUCAAGUCUAGUUGCCAUAGGAUCCCGAUGGGACGAUGAAAAAUGCCAUUUAUAUGUUCCUCUAACUGAUGUAGAAUCUAGGAUAGUUGGCUAUAAAGUACUUAGUAAAACGAAUCAGACUGGCGAAGACAUGGUGAUAGAACGAACCAUUCCCGAAGCGAAUUGUUCCGGUUUGGUGCAUUUGAAGUGUUCAUCGGGAACGGCAACUAAAGCCUCUGCCAAAGAUCAAUCUACUGCUGUUCUAGUGCUCAACGUUCUGGAUCUACUUGCGUUGAGUGCGGCGAAAUUAAAUGUUACAGCCAUAUGUCUUCCACACGAUCUGAAAAGCUUACCUCAACAGUGCCUUCCUGGCUUAGAACGGUAUAAUAAGUUGACUUUGUGGUUCAAUUACGACACAGCCGGGUGGGACACCGCACGAAAUUACGCCAAAAAACUAGAUGAGAGACGAUGUACGUUUGUUAGACCGACUGACGCCCAUCCAACUCCGGCCAAAGCUCUUGCGUUGGGUUUAGAUCUGAAAGCAAUAUUGUCCAAGGCUCAACCUAUAUUGCACCAGUCCAUUACAACGUUCCACUCGCUAAGGCAAGAUGUCCUGAGCGAUUUGCAGAACAUCGAUAAAGUGCAAGGGGUCAAGUGGAAGCGAUAUCCAACUCUAAACAAGCUGUUAAAAGGACAUCGAAAAGGCGAACUGACGGUCCUAACCGGUCCCACCGGUUGCGGAAAGACUACUUUCAUGUCUGACUACUCUUUAGAUCUUGCCCUGCAAGGCGUGUCCACGCUUUGGGGAUCUUUUGAAAUUCGAAACACUCGACUGGCAUCGACACUUUUAAGGCAAUGGGCCGGACGACCCCUAGAUGUACAUUUAUCGGAGUUUGAUUACUGGGCAGACGAGUUCGAAAGGUUACCGGUAUACUUCAUGACCUUCCAUGGCCAGCAACCAAUCAAAGUCGUAAUGGAGGCCAUUGAGCAUGCCCAAUACGUGAACGAUAUCCAUCACGUGAUCAUCGACAACCUACAGUUCAUGAUGGGAGUUUCCGAGGAUACCAAGCAUUUAGAUCGAUACUGGAAGCAAGAUGCCAUCAUCGCCGCUUUUCGAACGUUUGCCACGAGGAAAAAUUGCCAUGUAACCCUGGUGAUUCAUCCCAGGAAGGAACGCGAUGCUGACGACUUGACUACCAGCUCGAUUUUCGGUGGAGCGAAGGCUUCCCAAGAAGCAGACAACGUAUUAAUCAUCCAGGACAAACGUUUGACUUCGGUUCGGGGAAGAAGUAUCUGCAGGUGGCAAAAAAAUCGAUACAGCGGAGAUCUAGGCAUCAUGCCUCUGGACUUCGACAAACUCAGCCUAAGCUACGCCCAAAAGCGGAAAAAGGCUGACCCAGUAGAGCCAAACGAAACAACAGAAACUGCAAUCAGUGAUUCCUAAGGUAUUUAUAUUUACUUUUUGUUAAAAGUAUAAGACCAAAAGAUUUGUUAGACAUUUAUAUAGAAUUAUCCUAGAACCUUAA